AUGACAUCGGUCGGCAAACGAGCAGACGGAUUACCUGAUGGUAAGCUAUCAACGCCGCUCAUGGGUACUCCUAAUACCAAAGCAGUAGAGAGAGAGAGAGGAGGAGAGUAUAAGUGCGUUGCAGGCGUGGUUAUAAUAAAGUGUCAGUUCUUCGACUGCCACGAUGAUCCAGGGUUCAGUCCUGAUGAAGGGCCUCUAUCGGAACUGCAGUUCACAUGGCUGGGAGCGCUGCAGUAUAUACAUAUGAAGAACGGUACUCCUCACUACUUCAGAGUGCCGCGAGUGAUCCUCAUCAGCCGACAGUUUGUGCUGUCCACAGCCAUCGAUGCAGCGCAGAUACCCGAAGGAUAUGCGCUGAUAGAUCCUGUUGGUCUCAUCUGUACUGGUCUAUCCCAUCAGUAUGAAUGGCACUUAGAGGAUGAUGAUGAUGAAAUAAAAUUGGUGAAAUAUCCAAAGCGUCUUUUCAGUGGUAACGUCAUUUUUGGAGAUUACGAGCGAGAUGAGGUGGAAUGCCGAGUGUCAAUAGACGAUAUAGCGGCCGGCACUGAGUGUGAACCUGCGAUACUGCUGAUGCCCAUAGCUGAUGUACUGCUGCACCCUGAAUAUAAGCACUUCGGAGCCAAGUACAGCGUGGCGCUCCUCAAGCUAAUCACGCCUGUUAAAUCAAAAUACAUGCUACCAGCUUGUCUGCCAUUUAAGGAUUAUAUUGUGGACAGAAAUGGAAGACUGACCAAGCAGAGGCUGUAUCACAUUGAUUUUCCCACUGAUGUGCCCAGAGAUUUCAUAGAAGAAGAAAAAGAUGUGCAAAGGAUUUCUAUAUUACCAAGAGAACUUUGUUUUCUAUAUGAAAAGUUAGAUAAUGCUACGAAAAUGACUCAAAAUCGUAUGACCUGUACGACUGGCUGCGGGUUUCACUCCGGUGCUCCAACCCUGGUUCACGAACAUACCGGCCACUGGUCCAUUGUCGCCUUAUCUCAUGGUGGGUCCCCCUGCCCAGAUCCCCUGCGUGUCCGUCGUCCUCCAGCGCCACCACACCACAUCAUGAUCCACCCCUACGUGCCGUGGAUCACUGCUGCUAUCACCGGAAAAGCUGUGGGAGCCUUCGCUAAGGAUGAUCCUUUUGGUUUCAUCAUGCCCAGAGCUUCCAUCUACGAUUUCAUUGCCCACGGUUGGGUGGGCCACUGGUGGAUGGGAGGGUUGCGGUGCUACGACAGAGGAGAAGCCGCUGAGGACUUGUUCAAGUUCUACCACGAGAUAUUCCAGAUUAAUCCGAUUGAUGCUGCCAAAGGCACUUUGAUCGUCUGCGUGAAGGUUGGUAUGCCAUACCAGCUUGGUCAGCCUCGAGUGUGGGAGCUUGACAGUCCCAUCGUCAAGGUCCGUAUUCCAAUGAUAAAGUUCUACGACACGUACAAGUUUCAAGUGGAGGCGUGGGGUUAUAAUGCUACAGAAUCGGAUGAAUCUCAAAAUGUUACCGACUUUGAUAGUGGGGAUCGACGUUGA